UUGCAGUCUAUGGUUGCAGGACGGACUCGGGGCGGGACUCGGACACUCAGAUCCACAAAGUUGUUGCAAAACUUCCUGCAGCCUCCGAAAAGACGCGGAAAACGGGAAGACGUCAGUUUGAGGACAUUUGAUCGGACUUUCUGUGAACAUGGCAGAUGAAGAGGCCGUGAUGGAGGAGGGCAUGAGUGCCGCUCAGAGCCCUCUGGUUCAAGUUUCCUUCCAGAGAAACGUCAACAGGAAGCAGAAAUACCUGGAGGCUGAGCCCAAGUUCCUGGGGGUGACUCAGAUCAGCCUGAGUGCUUAUCAGAUCCUCUGUGUGAGUGUGUUUCUGGCCAAUGACCUGAGCCAGAUCGACGCUGACAUACCUUUCUUCAUCGCAUCCCUACUGGUUGUUAUCGCUGGGAGCGUCGCUGUAGCUGCUCAGAACCUUCACCUGCCAACACUCAGAGCCUGUUUCGGGAUGCAGCUCGUGGCGUGCGGAGCGUCCAUCUUUAACAUGGUGUGGACGCUGAUUAAAAUGGAGACGAUGUAUUAUUACUGCUGGCACUACGAUUACGACAACGCCACCAUCCACAUCGGAGAAAUCUGCCACAAGAUUGAAAACUCUCAGUCCCAUUUCUUCGCCGAGGGGAUCGUCAUUCAGGUUGCUCUGUUGGCCAUCUCAGCAACUUUGGUCGCCUAUUGCUGCAAGGUGGCCAACUGCUGCCAUCCAGCUCCUAAAGUGCCUGUGAUCACCAUUCAAGCCCCGCCUGUCCAACAGUGAGGACGCAGAAGACGGAUGGACAGCUACAUAAUAACGCUACAUUAUGCUGAAGCUUCACAAAUCAGUUUAUUAUACUAACGAUGAGUCAAAGGGUUAAAAUGUCACAUUAACUGUAACUUUUCCUUUUUAACCUUUUUUAAACAUUUAUUUGCCACCAAACAGAAUCAAAACACAUUCAGUGACCAGCGCUAGAACAUGGGUCUACAUUUAGCUGUUAGCACUUCAAUUGUGUUUUUUUAACUUUCAUCCAUUCAGCUUAAUAACAGAAAAAUAUCGCAGGAUAAUAUUGCAGCUUUUGAUUUUGCAUAUUGGAUUGUAUGUAGAAAAUAUUUGUACCACAAACUUGAUUUUCAAUAAAGUUACUUCACUGUCA